AAUCCCCAGAGAGGGGUGUGAACAUGUGCUUGUGGCUCCUUAUUAAUAGCUGCUGUAAAUGUAUGUUAUCAAACAGGAGGCUGUAUCUGCUUAGGAAGGGACAAUUGUCAGAGUGACCACUUGUUACAAUGGCUUUCGAAAGACACUCAGGUCCGCGGCACUACAGUGUGGGUACAAUGUCCGACCGCCUGGACUGCCACUACUGCAGAGCUCCUCUUCAAGGGAAAAAGUAUGUGGAGAAGGAUGCCAACAAAUGCUGUGUAAAGUGCUUUGAGAAAAUCUGCGCCAACACCUGCGCUGAGUGCCGGAAACCCAUUGGAGUGGAUUCCAAGGAGCUGCAUUAUAAGAACCGUUACUGGCAUGAUAGUUGCUUCCGCUGUGCCAAAUGCUACCAUCCUCUGGCCAAUGAGCAAUUUAUUUUCAAGGACAAUAAAAUUAUGUGUGCUAGGUGCACCACCAGAGAGGACGCCCUGCGCUGCAAUGGAUGCCACAAGCUGAUCGAGCCAGGUGGUCGCAAUGUGGAAUAUAAGGGAACUGCCUGGCACGAGGACUGCUUUAAAUGCAGCAACUGCAAGCAGGUCAUAGGGGCAGGAAGCUUCUUCCCCAAAGGAGCAGACAUCUUUUGUGUCAACUGCCAUGAGCAAAAGUUUGCUAAAAACUGUGUAAAGUGUAAGAACCCGAUAACAUCUGGAGGGAUAACCUAUCAGGAUCAGCCAUGGCAUGGCGACUGCUUUGUGUGUGAAACUUGCCACAAAAAGCUCGCCGGCCAGCGCUUCACCGCUGUUGAGGAUCACUACUAUUGUGUGGAUUGCUACAAGACGUUUGUGGCCAAGAAGUGUUCCGGCUGUAACAACCCUAUAACAGGAUUCGGAAAGGGAUCCAACGUGGUGAAUUAUGAAGGGCACUCUUGGCAUGAGUAUUGCUUCACUUGUAAGAAGUGCUCCCUGUCCUUGGCUAACAAGCGUUUUGUACGUCAUAACGAGCAGAUCUACUGUCCCGACUGUGCCAAGAAAGUCUAAGAGGGCACUCCGGAGAUACUGAUUGAAAUGAUUUAGUUAAGCGUUACUAUGCAUGACAUUUGGCCUUGUUCAAUGAUCUCUUUAUGAAAGAAGAACUAUAUGCAUGCCGAAUCUGUUCUAGCUUCCUUUAAACAAAUAUAUGUUAAAAUGUUUUGUGCUCCUUGUGGCUCUCCAGCUGUUGAGAAACUACAAAAUCCCAACAUAACCGGAUAUUUGGCCAUUAAAGGAUAACAGUCACAUUUAGA